CCUGUUCCCAAUACCCAAGAAAUUCACAAAAAAAGUCACCCGUGACCCUAUAAAAAAAAGAGCCCUCUUGAUCCUUUUUCCUCACAGCUCUCAAGUUCAGAGCGCCAUUGCUCUUCAAGCUUGGGUAUUGUACAUCUUGCAGGUCGUUCUUGUGGUGGAGUUUGCAUUUGGGAAGAAUGGGAAAGGCUUCAGCUUUGUUCAUUUUGGUUCUUGUGGGCAUGGCAAGCAUGCCUCCAGCGUUAGCUUGUGGCCCUAAGUGUGAUGGUGGUGGUGGUGGUUAUGGAGGCGGUAGUGGUGGUUCUGGUGGCAGUCGUGGAGGUGGUGGUAGUGGUGGUAGUGGUGGAGGACGUGGUGGAGGAGGUGGUGGUAGCGGUGGAGGAGGUGGUUCUGGAGGAGGGGCUGGUGGUGGUUCUGGAGGUGGUGCUGGAGGUGGUGGUGCUGGCGGUGGUGGUGGUGCUGGCGGUGGUGGUGGUGCUGGAGGUGGUGGAGGAAAUGGUCGAUGCCCAUUGAAUGCAUUGAAGUUGGGAGCUUGUGUAGAUGUGCUUAGUGGAUUGGUUCAUGUGGGUCUUGGAGACCCAGUUGUGAAUCAGUGCUGCCCACUGAUUCAAGGAGUUUUGGCUCUUGAGGUCGCUCUCUGCUUGUGCACAACCAUUAGGAUCAAGCUUCUGAACCUCAAUAUUAUCCUGCCCAUUGCUCUAGAGCUUUUUGCUCAGUGUGGUGUAACUGCUCCUCCUGGAUUUACAUGCCCACCUCUUAACUAAGCCAAGAUUUCAGGUCCAAUAGUUUGAAGCUGUCAUUAUCAUCCCUUCUGCGUCUGUGUUGUACGUCGUAGCAGUACUCGAUGUACCUUUCAAUAACAAGUUGUUCAUGUUGACGAUAAUUUUUAACAGGCUGACUUUUUUGUAUUA